GUUCCCUCUCUCUGUCCGGAUGAUCUCUGCGUCGUCGUUACACUUGGCGGCUCCCUCGCCUCCAGGAGCUGCGCCUCGCCCCUGAGCACCAGGAUGCUGAGAUCACCUCGGGAGGGAGGGGGGUAUGGAGGGAUGGAGGGAGAGCGACGUGUUGCUGCGCAGCAACAGAUAGAGAGAACAAAAUGGAAAGAGAGAGAGGGAGAGGAGGAGGAGGAGAGAGAGAGAGAGAGAGAGAGAGAGGGAGGAAUUCCCUCGCACAAACAAAAGAGGCUGCCAGGGCGUGCAUCGGCUCUUCCAGGCUGAUACCUGUGGCCGAUUACGAGUGUCAAGACCCGGCGGAUGCGCAAUGUGAGGACCACCACCGCGCUGCAAUGACCAGUCUCCGGGCACAGUAUCAGAUGGAGGCAUGCCAGUUGGUUUCUUCGUGGAGGCAACAUCAUUUUUGACGCACGAGAGGAGGCGUCCGCGUCCUCAGCGCUCAGGCUGCGAGAGGAUCCCACCUGACGCAGACGCGCCUGUCUGGAGCCCCCGGGGGGGGGGCACACACACACACACACACACACACACACACACAUGUCUCCGUCUUUAUUUCUAAGACCACAACUUGCCCCCCUAAACUGCGAUAUGCCAUCGCCGGGAUUGAGCCGCACAGUCGGUGAACAGGCAGCGCGUUAAAACAUGACGGGUCAUGUCCUGGGGGAGCUGGGUGGCGGCGGCGCGGCGCGCAUGGACGACAACGCCGCCAUCCGCAUCAACGUCGGCGGCUUCAAGAGGCGCCUCCAGUCCGACACGCUCUCCCGGUUCCCCGAGACGAGGCUCGCGCGUCUGCUCCACUGCCGGUCCAAAGAGUCCAUCCUGGAGCUGUGCGACGACUACGACGACGCGGAGAAGGAGUUCUACUUCGACAGGAACCCGGCGCUCUUCCCCUACGUGUUGAAUUUCUACAACACGGGGCGGCUGCACGUCAUGGCCGAGCUGUGCAUCUUCUCCUUCAGCCAGGAGAUCGAGUACUGGGGCAUCAACGAGUUCUUCAUCGACUCCUGCUGCAGCAGCGCGUACCACUGUCGGAAGAUCGUGCAGGACCGAGAGGACUGGGACGAGCGGAGCGACGAGGGCAGCACCACCUCGUCGUUUGACGAGCUGUUGGAGUUCUACAGCGACGCCACCAAGUUCGACAAGCAGCCGCUCGGGAGCGCGCGGAGGCGCAUCUGGCUGAUGCUGGACAACCCCGGCUACUCCGUGCCCAGCCGCAUCAUCAGCAUCCUCUCCAUCCUGGUGGUGCUCGGCUCCAUCGCCACCAUGUGCAUGAACAGCAUGAGCGAGUUCAGCCUGCUGGACGGCGAGGGGCAGCCCGCCGAGGACCCCCGCUUCGAGACCGUGGAGCACUUUGGCAUCGGUUGGUUCACCCUGGAGCUGCUCGCCAGGUUCGUGGUGGCGCCGGAUCUCCUGCACUUCUUCGAGCACCCGUUGAACGCCAUAGACCUGGUGUCCAUACUUCCGUUUUACCUGACACUGCUGAUAAACCUGGUGGUGGAGAGCAGCCCGGCGCUGGCCAACCUGGGGCGCGUUGCGCAAGUGCUGCGGCUGAUGCGGAUUUUCCGCAUCCUGAAACUGGCGCGUCACUCCACGGGGCUGCGCUCCCUCGGCGCCACGCUCAGGAACAGCUACAAAGAAGUGGGCCUGCUGCUUCUCUACCUGGCGGUCGGGGUGUCGUUCUUCUCCGUCAUGGCCUACACGGUGGAGAAGGAGGACAGCGAGGACUUCUCCACCAUCCCGGCGUGCUGGUGGUGGGCCACCGUCAGCAUGACCACGGUCGGCUACGGCGACGUGGUGCCGGUGUCCAUCGCGGGCAAGCUGACCGCCUCGGCGUGCAUCCUGGCCGGGAUCUUGGUCGUUGUGCUUCCGAUCACGCUCAUCUUCAACAAGUUCUCCCUGUUCUACAAGAGACAGAAGCAGCUGGAGGUGGCGAUGAGAAGCUGCGACUUCGACGAGGAGAUCAAGGAGGUGCCCUCGGUCAACCUGCGGAACUAUUACGCGCGCAAGGUCAAGUCCCUCAUGGCGAGCUUGUCCAACAUGAGCCGGAGUUCGCCCAGUGAACACAGUCUGAACGAAUCGAUCCACUGAGGCGGUUCGAUCAGCUGCGCGCUGCAGGAGGAGCUGUCCAGGGUGCUGAGGCCUCUGGACCCCAACAGACCACUUCCUUCCACUGACCGUUUGCCUCUCUGUAGCUCAGUGCAAUAAUGUGUUGGUGCGUGUGUGUGUGUGUGUGUGUGCCAGUGACAAUGAGAAAGUCAAGCAGAUGUACAGGACAGUCUGAAUAUGUAAUAUCUCACUGUGCCGUGGUCCAUGAUUUGAAUCUAUAGGCCAAACACCAAUUUGACCACAUCAGACUUUUAAAGACAGAAGAGAGAGAAUUCUGUUGUUGUCUGCGAUUCCUAGAUGGUGUCACACUGUUGUCCACCCAUCCGGCUUCACGUGUCGUGGUCAAACCUGUCUGAAAGUAACUCCUGCUGUGUACAUAUAUAUUUAUAUUGAUAUAUUUUUUUCAUUUUGAACGCGUGUCAACAUGUACCAGUGGUGUUGCAACAAGACAAAUGUCAAACGUGUGGUUGAAAAAAAAAAGGAAAAAAAGAAGCAAAGUGUAUUAAACGAGAAAUACAUAACACACUUCCUUGCUUUUAUUUUAUUGUAAUUUUUUAAUCUGCAGAGCAAAGGUCUGGCAGUCUCUCUAUAGUGUGUGUGUGUGUGUGUUUUGAUGGAGAUAACACGUUUAAUCCUGAUGGGGGAGAGAGAGGGAUUUAUUCUAGUGACUGACACGAUGUCU